GGCCUCGGGCUACGGGUUCCGUCUGCAUUCGGUCCUGGGGGCUCUCGGGAUGCGAGAGGCGGACUCGGCUCCCCGCUGCUGGUCGGAAAGCUCUCUGAAAAUCACCCCCAUCGGCGCGCGAGGAUAAAUAUGCGCGGCUAGUCAUGCCGUGAUAGGGUGACGUUGGGUUUUGGAGGCUUGGAGAUUGGCUUUUUGAUUUGGCUUCCUCCUGCAGCUUAAUGGGCAAAGCUGUCGGCUCGCCCAGAAACCAGACCCUCCGCGCGUCCCCUCCGCGCGCGGCGAGGCCGAGACGAGUCCCGCGGUGACGGCGUGCUAGGGGGAGAGCCGGCGCGCUCCCAGCCCCGGGAAAGCCCCGGCGACGCAGACUGCAAGUCCGGGGUCCUCGGAGCCGCCAGGGCGCGCCGGGCCGCUCUCCUUCCUGCCCCUCCCGGCAGGGAUCCCCUUGCUGCGGGCGGCCGGGACUCCGGGCCUCUCCAGGGCUUUAGUCCGAGCCCGCGCCCGAGUCGGGGUUUCCCGGGGGUCUACGGAGGCGUGCUCCCUGCUCCUUAAACCGGUGCCGAGGGACUCCUCCCCAGGCCCCUGCUCCGGCCCUAGCCCUCGCCCUCCGGAUGCACUGCUCCAAGGCUCCCUGAAAGCUGGUAGCCCACGAGCCCGGCGGGCGGGCGGCGGCGGCGGACUGACAUGCCCCGGACGCGGCUGCGGCCGGCGGACAGCCCGCUGGGGCGAUGAGCCGCUGCGGCCGGUGAGGAGCCCGGCCGCGGGGGCAUCGCGCACCUUUCUCACCCCCCCCCCUCAUUUGCCCACCCCGCCCGAGAGACCGAGAGGAAACGGCUUCCCAGAAGCUUGACAUCUCCUUUCACAGGUGCAUCUUUCCAAAAACGCUUAGUCCUGCAGAGUGAGCACUGAUCUCUUCAACAAAUGCUGACAUUCACUCUGCCAGGCUGCAGUCAAGGAGCCUGAGAAUAUCAUGGUCUCUGGCCUGUCAGGAGGACCAUUGGUGCUGCAGUGGAAGCCGGCGGCUAAGUCUUGUGUAUGGCGUGGUUAAGGUUGCAGCCUCUCACCUCUGCCUUCCUCCAUUUUGGGCUGAUUACCUUUGUGCUCUUCCUGAAUGGUCUUCGGGCAGAGGCUGGCGGCUCAGGGGAUGUGCCCAGUACAGGGCAGAACAAUGAGUCCUGUACAGGGUCAUCGGACUGCAAGGAGGGUGUCAUCCUGCCAAUCUGGUACCCAGAGAACCCUUCCCUUGGAGACAAGAUUGCCAGGGUCAUUGUCUAUUUUGUGGCCCUGAUAUACAUGUUCCUCGGGGUGUCCAUCAUUGCUGAUCGCUUCAUGGCAUCUAUUGAAGUCAUCACUUCUCAAGAGAGAGAGGUGACUAUCAAAAAGCCCAAUGGAGAGACCAGCACAACCACCAUUAGGGUCUGGAAUGAAACUGUCUCCAACCUGACCCUUAUGGCCCUGGGUUCCUCUGCUCCUGAGAUCCUCCUGUCUUUAAUUGAGGUGUGUGGUCAUGGGUUCAUUGCUGGUGAUCUGGGACCUUCUACCAUUGUCGGCAGCGCAGCCUUCAAUAUGUUCAUUAUCAUUGGUAUCUGUGUCUAUGUGAUCCCCGAUGGAGAGACUCGCAAGAUCAAGCACCUACGAGUCUUCUUUGUCACUGCUGCUUGGAGCAUCUUUGCCUACAUCUGGCUCUAUAUGAUCCUGGCUGUCUUCUCUCCUGGUGUGGUCCAGGUUUGGGAAGGCCUCCUCACUCUCUUCUUCUUUCCAGUGUGUGUCCUUCUGGCCUGGGUGGCAGAUAAGCGACUGCUCUUCUACAAAUACAUGCACAAGAAGUACCGCACAGAUAAACACCGAGGAAUCAUCAUAGAGACCGAGGGUGACCACCCCAAGGGCAUUGAGAUGGAUGGGAAAAUGAUGAAUUCCCACUUCCUUGACGGGCACCUGGUGCCCCUGGAAGGGAAGGAAGUGGAUGAGUCCCGCAGGGAGAUGAUACGGAUUCUCAAGGAUCUGAAGCAAAAACACCCAGAGAAGGACUUAGAUCAGCUGGUUGAGAUGGCCAACUACUAUGCUCUCUCCCAUCAGCAGAAGAGCCGCGCCUUCUACCGGAUCCAAGCCACCCGUAUGAUGACUGGCGCGGGCAAUAUCCUGAAGAAGCAUGCAGCAGAACAAGCCAAAAAGACCUCCAGCAUGAGCGAGGUGCAUGCUGAUGAGCCGGAGGACUUUGUCUCCAAGGUCUUCUUUGACCCAUGCUCUUACCAGUGCCUGGAGAACUGUGGGGCUGUGCUCCUGACAGUGGUGAGGAAAGGCGGGGACACAUCCAAGACCCUGUAUGUGGACUACAAAACAGAGGACGGUUCUGCCAACGCGGGCGCUGACUAUGAGUUCACAGAGGGCACGGUGGUUCUAAAGCCAGGAGAGACCCAGAAGGACUUCUCUGUGGGCAUCAUCGAUGAUGACAUUUUUGAGGAGGAUGAACACUUCUUUGUGAGGCUGAGCAACGUUCGCAUGGAGGAGGAGCAGCCCGAGGAGGGGAUGUCUCCCAGAGUACUCAAUAGUCUGCCCUUGCCUCGGGCUGUCCUGGUAUCCCCUUGUGUGGCCACAGUCACCAUCUUGGAUGAUGACCACGCGGGCAUCUUCACUUUUGAAUGUGACACUAUUCAUGUCAGUGAAAGCAUUGGUGUCAUGGAGGUCAAGGUUCUGCGGACAUCAGGUGCCCGGGGCACAGUCAUCGUCCCCUUUAGGACAGUAGAAGGGACCGCCAAGGGUGGUGGUGAGGAUUUUGAAGACGUAUAUGGGGAGUUGGAGUUCAAGAAUGAUGAAACCGUCAAAACAGUUCACAUCAAGGUAAUUGAUGGUGAGGCGUAUGAGAAAAACAAGAAUUACUUCAUUGAGAUGAUGGGCCCCCGCAUGGUGGAUAUGAGUUUUCAGAAAGCGCUCCUGUUAUCUCCAGAGGUGACAGACAGGAAGCUGACUGUGGAAGAAGAGGAGGCCAAGAGGAUAGCAGAAAUGGGAAAGCCAAUAUUGGGUGAACACCCCAAACUAGAGGUCAUCAUUGAAGAGUCCUAUGAGUUCAAGACUACCGUGGACAAGCUGAUUAGGAAGACAAACCUGGCCUUGGUCGUGGGGACCCAUUCCUGGAGGGACCAGUUCAUGGAGGCCAUCACUGUCAGUGCAGCAGGGGACGAGGAUGAGGAUGAGUCGGGCGAGGAGAGGCUGCCUUCCUGCUUUGACUACGUCAUGCACUUCCUCACGGUCUUCUGGAAGGUGCUGUUUGCCUGCGUGCCCCCCACAGAGUACUGCCACGGCUGGGCCUGCUUCGUUGUCUCCAUUCUCAUCAUCGGCAUGCUCACCGCCAUCAUCGGGGACCUGGCCUCCCACUUCGGCUGCACCAUUGGCCUCAAGGACUCAGUCACGGCUGUUAUUUUUGUGGCAUUUGGCACCUCGGUGCCAGAUACAUUUGCCAGCAAAGCGGCUGCCAUCCAGGACGUGUACGCAGACGCCUCCAUCGGCAACGUCACGGGCAGCAACGCCGUCAACGUCUUCCUGGGCAUUGGCCUGGCCUGGUCCGUGGCCGCCAUCUACUGGGCCCUGCAGGGACAGGAGUUUCACGUGUCGGCCGGCACGCUGGCCUUCUCCGUCACCCUCUUCACCAUCUUCGCGUUCGUGUGCAUCAGCGUGCUCUUGUACCGCCGGCGGCCCCACCUGGGCGGGGAGCUGGGCGGCCCUCGUGGCUGCAAGCUGGCCACAACUUGGCUCUUUGUGAGCCUGUGGCUUCUCUACAUACUCUUUGCCACGCUGGAGGCCUACUGCUACAUCAAAGGGUUCUGAGUCACAGAACGAGGCCUCCGGCCGGGCAGGCCUACAGCUUCUCCCCAGAGAAGGGCAUGUCCCCACCCAUGACCUCUGGGGGAUGAGCCAUACCCCGGAGAGGCAGCCUCAGGACCCGAGCCGCAGGAGCAUCACCGGACUGGGCCCCGGCAGUGAACUGAAAGGGCAGAGUCCAUCCGUCCAGUGGAACAGACAAAAUACCCACUUGGCAAAAUAUUUAAUUCAAUCCACACCAACGACAGCAACAGAUCCACCUCCAGCCUGUCUUCCCGCCGUGUCCCUGACCCAUAGCAAAGUCAGACCCUCUCGCCACCUUCUCUUCCACCUUCUUCUGACUAUUCCUUUGCUUUCUAACUUUCCUCGGCGGGGGGACAGGAUUUCUCCUGUCUGUCCAGCUUAACACAUCACCAUCCUCUCACUCCGCCCGCGAGGCGUGAAAAUGAGACCUGUCCCCGUGGCUGGCUCGGGGGUCUCUGUUCAUCAUUGUCAGUAUCAUGGUUGCUUUCGUUUUCCCACCAGGUUUUGCUCAUCAUUUGUGUGUCCACCUUGUCUUUUCUCUCUGAGGUUAGUGAUGACGGUGCUGCGAAGAAGCUCAAGGUCUGAGCCGACGGGCAGAGGCCUGAACUUUCAGACACACCCUUUCCCCGACUCUCCCUGGGUAACCUCUGUCUCCUGCUCCAUCGAGUUCCUGUUCCCUUUCUCCUUUUAUCCUCUGCCUUCUUGAAUGGACUGUGGUGUCUGGGUGGUGGUAAGUUCACACACCUGCGAAGGCUGGAGCAGGAACAGCUUUAUCUCAAGCUUUGUCAAGAUCCAGUUUACAAGAAGUCCUUGUUCUCUUCCCUGCCCGAGCCUUUCAGAUUCUGUCUGUCUCAUUGCAUCAGUGUCUGGAUGUUUACCCCUCUGCAGGAAGACCCACCAAGCAGGAGCUAGGGGAUGAAAAUAGAAAUAGAAUAUGAUGACAGAGGGCAGCUAGGAAAGCAGAAGGGCUAUAUGCCUUCUAGAACAUCUCUGGCUUUGCAUCUGAGGCAGGAGAGAAGCGAUGCCCACCUAGUGGGAUCUGUAGGGAAAAGAUUCUAUUGAAAAUGUCAGUGAUUCUGAGAGAUGUCAGCUUCACCACUCCCUCACUUCCUAGCGCACCAGACUAAGAGCUUUGACUCUAUUUCUUGAUUUCCUGCAAAAACUUAGAAGUUUAUAAGAAAAUGAGGGCUUCACGUCUCCUGGACUCUUGGGUCAUGUUUGAAAGGAUUUUCACAGGACAGGGAUUGGAAUUCCUCAUCUCUCCCACAUUCCUGCUUGGUUUUAAACCUCUUGAAGCUCUUUUUCCAGCCUGUGGGCUAUUUCUUGCCCCAGUAGGAGGAAUAUUAGCUGCCAUAAUUCCAUGGAGCCUGGGUUUAUAGAGAGAUUGCCAUGCCCUACAGACCUUUUCCCAACAAAUUUUGAAAGAACCUGGCUUUAAAACACACACACACACACACACAUAUAUAUAAUCACCAAAAGACUGCCCACAGAUCUUUAGGCUUUCUGCAUUGACAUAAGUACAUUUUUUAAGGGAAAAGAAGAAAUGAAAAACACCUGUUUAAUUUUAAACACAUUUUUUAAGAAAACAAAUAACUGGAAAAGAAACCGUGUUCAUGUCAUAAGCUAUGUUGACAGUUGCCAGUGGAAAUGUUGGGUUGGUUUUAAAAAAAAAAAAAUAAAAGCUAUACUUAUAUCUCUCUGAA